GUUGAGCGAGAACUGGGCACACUGUCCGUAGCCAGUCAUCAUAAAUACGAACAGAUUGGAAAACUUACAAGAAUUGCGUAUUAGCUGUAAUAUUACGAGAUCUUAGAUUGAGAGAGAUUUGAAAGCGCUACCCACUUAUCUUCGACAUGUCCUACGCAUACUUGUUCAAAUACAUAAUCAUCGGCGACACAGGCGUUGGAAAGUCAUGUCUGCUGCUGCAGUUCACGGACAAGCGCUUCCAGCCAGUGCACGAUCUGACCAUUGGCGUAGAGUUUGGAGCACGCAUGAUCACCAUCGACGGAAAACAGAUCAAGCUUCAAAUCUGGGACACGGCUGGCCAGGAGGCCUUCAGAUCCAUCACACGCUCCUACUAUCGGGGGGCAGCCGGGGCGCUGCUGGUGUACGACAUUACACGGCGGGAGACCUUCAACCACCUGACCACCUGGCUAGAAGAUGCGCGACAGCAUUCCAACUCCAAUAUGGUGAUUAUGCUGAUCGGCAACAAGAGCGAUCUGGACUCGAGGCGCGAGGUAAAGAAGGAGGAGGGCGAAGCUUUCGCCCGCGAACAUGGACUGGUCUUCAUGGAGACGUCGGCGCGUACGGCGGCCAACGUGGAGGAGGCGUUCAUCAACACCGCCAAAGAGAUUUACGAAAAGAUUCAGGAAGGAGUCUUUGACAUCAACAAUGAGGCAAACGGCAUUAAAAUCGGUCAGCAGCACUCGCCAACAAACCCGUCGUUACCAGGCGCCGGAGGAGCCGCCGGGGCAGCCAACAGUGGCUGCUGCUAGGAGUAACCUGCAAAUGCCCGACUGCAUUUUUGGGAUAGAUGUAGCCGCUUCUGUAAAAGCUCCUUUAUAGUGACUAACUAAUAGAAGGUGACCGACCGUUUUUGAUUUCGAUUUCAACAAUAACUAAUCACGUAAACAUAGCAACUUACCAGUAAACUAGCAAGCGAACACUAAGCGUAAUGUUAAUUCCACAAAGAUCCGGCAACUGCAAAACUGUAUCAGAAACUGAAGCGAUCGAACCAGAAAAUAAUAAACCCAAGACCUACAUUUGUGUACUAUA